UAACAUCUUUUUCUUUCAGACAUCAGAAUCAACCAAUCUCCAUUGGAACAAUCCCUUAAAAUGGAGAGCCCUGGUAGCAAAACUGUGCUCACAAAGUCCAUUUUUCUUAAAGCUGGCAUUCCUUUGGCUCUUUCUUUGGGUGGCUUGAUCUACACUAUGGUCACAACAAGAAGAAGACCACCACCUGAAGUUCCACCUGCAGAAACCCAAGUAGAUGAUGAUGAGCAGCCUGAAAUCGAUUAUCAAGAGGAAUUUCCAGAUAAAGAGAGCUUCCACAGCCUUGAUUCAAAAUCUCUACUUUCUAAAGAAGAAGCAGAACAGCAAAUCACAUGUACCCAGGUCACAAUUUCAUCAGAAAGUUUGCUAAUUCGUGAUGGACAUGAUCAAGAAGAGGAGCUUUUGAACCUAAGGAGGUGGAUCAUAGCUCUUCAAGACAAGGAAAUGGAGCUUGAGAUGCAGUUUAUUCACUACUGUAGUUUGAAAGAGCAAGAAUCAAUUCUAAUGGAGCUUCGGAACACAUUGACUUCGGAGAUUUCUCGUCUUAAAUUGUUAGCUCUGGAGGCUAAGUUUAUUGAGGUUGAGAAUCAGAGAGUCGAGGCUGUGGUGGUUGAAUAUCUGAAAAUCGUAGAGCAACUCAAAUCUGCAAGAUUGGAGAAUGGGUUACUUCAAAGGAAGGUAAAGAAGUUUUUGACAAAGACUAGAGAGCAUUCUCGUGUUCUUAAGCAACAAGCUUCUGCCCUGCAGUCUAGAGAUGCUGAGAUAUUGAGAAAUGAGAAAGACUUGGAAAGCAGUUUACAAGUAAUAAAGGAAUUAGAGGAAGAAAUUAUGGAGCUGAGAGGAAUGCUGGUUCAAUUGCAGGUGGAGAAAAAGGAACUAGUGGAGAAACUAGAGGUGGCAGAAUCAUUGGCUUCUUCAACCUCAAGGGAAAAGCUGCAAGAGAAAGAAAAUGGAGACAAUGAUCAACUAUUAACAGAGCUAGAACAACUCCAAAAAGAUCGUGCUGCAGAAGUCGAGGAAUUGAUUUACUUGCGAUGGAUCAAUGCGUGCUUGAGAUAUGAGUUAUUUAGAAAUCAAGAACAACAAAGAAUCCACCAUAAUGAUGAGGAGGAGGAGGAGGGGGAGCCAUUAGAAUUGGAAUUCGAAGAAGAUGAAGAGAACAAAAAUUGUGGCAUAGAGUAUGAUACAGAUGGAUCAUCAACAACAGUUUCGAAGCACCAUGAAUCUUGCUUGGGUAUAACAAGUGGUAGUGAUCGUCCUUUUUCCAAAAGGCAUAGGUUGCUUCGAAAACUGAAGAGAUGGGUGGAAGGAGGUGAUCAGAAAUGCAAGAAAUUAUGGGAUGACAAGGACAGACAUCUUCAAAAUAAUCAAGGCACAAGUACUAGGCCUUCUGUUUCAUUUGCGGCAAUUGAACAACAUCCGGCUGCAAGGAAGUCAUGUUCUAGUGUAUAACCCCAAUGUCCCA